CAUGAAACGUUAACCAUGUCUCUUAAUUCAGUUUUUAUUGAAACAUGAAGCUAGCGAAGUUAACUAUCGUCCUCUUCUUGUACCCCCUCAGCGUUUUCGCCAAUAUUUCAGAUUUAAAUAUAGCUAACCGUGAUGGUCGUAUUUCUAAACGCAUCUACAAUGGUGAAGAAAUCUACAUAAAUUUAGCCCCUUACAUGGCUCUAGUGUAUACAGACAGUACAGACACUAAUCAUCCAUUCUGUGGUGCGGCAAUCAUCACCACACGCCAUCUGAUCUCAACAGCCUAUUUUUUCAAAAGGCAUAGUGAGAACCAGGAAUUUAAGGUAGUAACGGGACGCACAUACGCAUUUCCAAUAGACAAUGAUAGAAACAAUAAAGUUAAAAAAGUCUACAUACACGAGAAGUAUGAUCUUUCCGAAAUAUACAAUGACAUCGCUCUUCUUGAGCUGUGGGAACUUUUAAAACUUUCACAUUUAGUGAAAUUUAUCAAGUUGGCGACUCCUGAAUCAGUGAAGGAAAUGCAGAUUCCAGCGAUGAUGUCAGUUACGGGAUUUGGAAAACAAAGUAAUGGGAUCAUUGGUCGUUUGGUGAGAAAACAAGUUCAAAUCCUGGAUCCCCGCAUUGUGAAUAAUUUUACCGACCGUCUUGUUGUUUUGGAAAAUAAUGCUCUAAAUAUGUGCAACGGAGAUUCUGGAAAUCCAGGAGUUAUCGACGGAAACUUGACCGCUCUCUCGAUCUUUGAGAGCAAUUUUUGUGGCGAUCACCCUACAUUUUUCACGGGAAUUCCAUAUUACUAUGAGUGGAUAAAAACUUACGUUGGUGCGAAACGACUGGAAGAGUAUCCCGAUCUUAAAUAAUAAAUAAAUGUAUCUUGAUAAGUGUGAAUAAAAUUAUGUUGGCGCUAAGCGCUUGGGAAAAAA